AUGCAGUCCCAUUACUCCGAUCUGCCUAGCCAUAGCCCUGCCGUGACCUCGGAGAGCAGAGCAGCCAUGUCAAGGGCACGGGAUGACCCUCAGAUGUCGCAAGACAGCCAUCAAGGGUCACGGAACCAGUCGGCUGUAGCUCCCAUGCGCUCAGAAGAUUCUUGGAUCGAAGUAUCUUCGCAACCGUCCUCGUCCUCUCUUUCCUCGGCCGCAACUACCGAUGAUAUUAUUACCACCGGCUUACGAGUAGAACGAUCCGUACCAGGACCCAAAGGUCGGGCUCGACGAAAGAGAGCUAGACAACUUCAAUCAUCAUCUACGCAAAACAGCGAAUCUUCACGCGCCUCCAGUGUCGCCGGCACGAGUAGCCAGGAGGAAUAUGAGGAAAGUGAUAGUGAAUCAGAUAGGGUUUUGAGCGGCUCAAAUGAGGAUGUCACAACACGGUCGCGAGGAGAUGCUCUUAUGCUUCCCCAUGACUCGCUGUCUGAACCACCAUCGUCAGGCGACGAUGACGAAGAUGACGACCGGUCCGCUGCAUUAGGUCCCCGGCUGGCUUCCGCUCCCUUCGUUCCCCAACCGAAUGUCUUUUCCCAUGCGCCUCAGUAUACAAGAUCAAGAUCAUAUAAUGGGCCUCAGACUACGCCAAGUCUGGUCUCAAACAGCAGCCAGGCAACCGCCGUUCGUCACAACUCUAGUUCCACGGUUCGGGGCCUUAGAAGGAACAGCCGUGCACAGCAUACACCAUACAACAUAAUAUCUCCGAAUUAUCAGGCGGAUCACGACGCCGCACUUCGUGCAAGUUUGUCCACAUUGCUAUCGUUAGGGACGGCAGUUCGUGGGGUGCCCAAAAAUGAGAGCCCUCCAGUACCCGCUGGCCCACCAGUUGCGCCGGCGUCUUCGUUUCGGCUGGUCUCGGAGUCUGUGGCUAUGGGAGAAGAUGCUGGCGACAUCAGUCCUCAUACAAAAAACGAUUAUACCGCAGAUCAAAGAUACGCGCGACAACCUAAGUCUGUUGGGUCCAAUACUUCGUCAACACCCUCGAAGACAAAAAGAAAGUCUUCAAAGGAUCGCGGUUCUGCUCAUGCUACUUCAUCUAAGAGAUCACGGCGUGGUAACAUGACCGAUUCACUUAUCAUAGUCAACCCAACAUUCAUGACGUGGGUCAUUAGCGCCGGAGUUGUUGUCUUGUUCUCUGCAAUUAGCUUCUCUGCCGGAUACGCCCUUGGCCGUGAAGUUGGACGAACGGAGGCUGGAAUAGGCACUGUGGCGGGCGGCGGCGCCACGGAUUCGUUCGCAAAAGUGAAAGCGUCAGUAGGAUGCAGUAGAGAUGCCGUUCAAGGAAGCCUUAAGCGUCUGCGGUGGGGAAGUUCCGGUGCUGGAGUCAGCGUUUACAACUAA